AUGGAUAAACCUUAUUCCCUUAUUGCUCCUUCUUCUUCUCUUCUUACCUUUUCUUUUUGUCUUUCUUUUCCUCCUUUUCUUCUCUUGUACUUCUUACUUUUGUGUUAUUUCUUUUCUUCUUCUUUCUUUCCUCUCCCUUUGUUUCCCUUGCUUCAUUCUUUCUUCUACUCUUUUUCUCAUUCACGUCUUCUUCUUCUUCUUUUAUUCUUUGUUCACUUCUCCUCCUAUUCUCGCCUCUUCCUUUUUGUUUUAACUUUUCUCUUCCUUAUUUUGAUACUUCGCUUUAUCCUCUUUUUCUCUCCUGAUCUGUCUUCUCUUAUAUUUUCGUUUCCUUCCUCCAAUCUUUCUUUCUUUUUCUUUCUUUCUUCUAUUUUAUCUUCCUUAUUCCUUUCUAUCUUAUUAUCCUCUGUUUUCUAUCACUUCUUUAUUCCUUUCUGUCGCAUUCUUUCUUUCUUUCUUUCUUUCUUUCUUUCUUUCUUUCUUUCUUUCCUUUCUUUCUUUCUUCUAUUUUCUUUCUUUUGCUUAUUCCUUUCUGUCUUUUUUCUUUCUUUCUUUCUUUCUUUCUUUUUUUUUUUUUUUUUACCUUAUUCCUGGCUUCAUAUUGAAAAAGACGUUCCAAUUCCCAACAGACACAACAGCCAUUACCUUUCCGCCUCUCUUUCACCUUCUCUUUGUUUUGUCGUCUUUAUGCCUUUGUCUUUCUUUGCCUUUCUUUUUAUUCUGCUAGCGUGGCAUUUGCUUGCCACUUGUUCAAUUUUGCCAGGACUUUUUUUUGCCUGCAUUUUUUUGGAAAUUCAACUCUCUUUCUUUCUUUUCCUCCUCUGUCUAUCUCUUUCUCUCUCUACUGACUCUCUCUCUCUCUCUCUCUCUCUCUCUCUCUCUCUCUCUCUCUCUCUCUCUCUCUCUUCUUUUCUUUUCUUUCUUUCUUUUUUUUCUUUCUAUCUAUCUAUCUAUCUAUCUCAGACUGUUCCUAUCUAUCUAUCUAUCUAUCUAUCUAUCUAUCUCAGUGUGUUACUAAUCUAUCUACCUAGCUAUCUAUCUCAAUCUGUUACUUAUCUAUCUAUCUCAUCGUACGCGGCUGAUACUACGGUAUUAGAAUACUCUCUCUCUCUCUCUCUCUCUCUCUCUCUCUCUCUCUCUCUCUCUCUCUCUCUCUCUCUCCUCUUCUUUUAG